ACAGGAUUUCAAAAAGCCCAAUCAAUCCAAAACACGUAGGAUAGGGGGAAAUCCAGUCCUCGAAACCUGAUUGGCUAACCGGGAUCCGACGUGGCUGCCACGCGAGCAUGGCUGAUUAUCUUAUCCAGUUUCACGAUUCUGGGUUUUACAAGAUAACGAUAUUUUGAUGGCCGCUUUGUCGAAUAUCUGACAAGAACCAUCCACCUAUAUAAACAAAUAUCAUCCAUCCCUCCAAAAACAAUCUACUUCCACCUCUUCUCUGCCUCUUGCUGCCACUGACUAAGUUGCAGGUCACAGAGAAAUGGCGCUCCAGUCUGCAUCCCUGGUUUCCUCUGCUUUCAUCGUCCACAAGGAGGGGAAAUCAAGCGCUGUUGCUUCAUUCAAAGACUCGAGCUUGUUCGGAGUGUCACUUUCUGACCACGUCAAAGCUGACUUCACCUCCUCUGCACUCAGAUUCAAAGUAGUCUCUCGCAAGUUUUCAUCUUGAGCCAACAAUCUUGCUUUUAGUCCAUAUGUUGAUCGUUUGUGAGUGCUUUUCCACCAAGCAGAGGGAAUUCAACGCCAGAAUCGGGGCGGUGAGGGCACAGACGACGGCGACAGCGAGCCCAGCAGUGAACAGGUCAGCACCAGAGGGGAAGAAAACAUUGAGGCAGGGCUGCGUCGUGGUGACUGGAGCUUCUUCUGGGCUUGGACUAGCCACGGCCAAGGCACUAGCCGAGACGGGGAAAUGGCACGUAAUCAUGGCCUGCAGGGACUUCCUCAAGGCCGAACGGGCUGCCAAAUCCGCCGGCAUGGCCAAGGGAAGCUACACCGUCAUGCAUCUGGACCUUGCCUCGCUUGACAGCGUCCGCCAGUUCGUCGAGAGCUUCAGGAGGUCGGGCAGGCCGCUCGAUGUUCUGGUUUGCAAUGCUGCUGUGUACCAGCCAACAGCCAAGGAGCCGACUUUCACAGCCGACGGGUUCGAGCUCAGCGUUGGAACUAACCAUCUCGGCCACUUCCUGCUCUCGAGGCUCCUGAUGGACGACUUGCAGAAGUCUGAUUACCCCUCCAAACGCCUAAUCAUCGUUGGCUCAAUUACAGGAAACACAAAUACACUGGCUGGAAAUGUACCACCAAAGGCCAACUUGGGGGACAUGAGGGGGCUCGCAGGGGGACUGAACGGGCUGAACAGCUCGGCCAUGAUCGAUGGUGGAGACUUCGAUGGUGCGAAAGCUUACAAGGACAGCAAGGUCUGCAACAUGCUGACAAUGCAGGAGUUUCACAGGCGGUACCAUGAGGAAACUGGGAUCACAUUUGCUUCACUCUAUCCAGGCUGCAUUGCGACCACUGGGUUGUUCAGGGAGCACAUUCCACUCUUCAGGCUUCUCUUCCCUCCAUUCCAGAAGUACAUCACCAAGGGCUAUGUCUCCGAAGAUGAAGCUGGAAAGCGACUUGCUCAGGUUGCUGCAGAUCCUAGCUUGACGAAAUCAGGAGUGUACUGGAGCUGGAACAAGGACUCGGCCUCGUUUGAGAACCAGUUGUCUCAGGAAGCUAGUGACGCUGACAAGGCGCGUAAAGUGUGGGAGGUCAGCGAGAAGCUCGUUGGUUUGGCCUAGAGACGGACUAGGGCGCUAAGCAGCUUCUGAAGACUGAAAGUGUCAUCAACCACCCGGCAUUGUCAUUUCUUGCGAGUCAGAGUUAUGAUGCUUUUGUUCUUGUAAACAAGGCUUUCUCAUUGUAGAUUAGUAGGCAUGAAUCAGGAACCAGGAAUGGAUAGUUAAUAAAAAUGACUCUGUUUACCUUUAUUCCAAAUUCUCCAUCACAUUAACAGAAAGCGACACCUGAUAUGAAAUAACAGGACAAAAGCUUUCAUUGGUCUCGGUAUAUACAUACGGCUGCUAAAUGCCAAGUCCUUUCAUAACAUGGCAUCACAUUACAG